AAGUAAAGGCGUGUGUGUUUGCAGUGCAUACUGGUCAAUGUAGUUCUCGGUCUGACACUUCGUUCCCAGAAUCCAGCGCGCUCUUGUGUUAUGAAGGCCAAAUGGAAUGUUACUGAAGAAAUGUUUUGGAAAAUUAAAAGUUCCUUUUGGAAGGCAGCAUGGAGGCGCCGAAGGCACUUGAUGUCAAAAGUCCCAGCUCUGCCUUGGGUUUCUAAUCUGUAAAAGCGGUGGCAGGAGAGGGGGAAUCGGCCCGCUAAAUGCUGGGAUCUCUGGGAAAAGCCUCCCUACAUCAGCGUUCUGGAGCGUGCAGGAGGAAGCAGGGAGAGGAGAGUACAUCUCGUGGGUGGUUCAGCAUCCCUCUUGCCCGCAUCCGCGGGCCGGCUGGGGUCCCUUUCAGCCACAGAGGAAACGAAGCCGCCACCAGCCCUGAGCAGAGAGCUAGGAGGGAGGGCGCGGAAGCCCGCCGGGCGGUGGCGCGGGCGAGAGGCGGGGUCCCGUCCCCUGCUUUGAGCCACGUGCGGUUGUUUCCGUACUGGGGCGAUCACGUGAACCGCGUCAGCUGACCCGUCACGGUGGAGCAGGGCGCUGGCAUCCCGCAGCGCCCGCCCUGCAGCGCCAGGAGCGCAGGACCCUGCAGAAGGGUAAGAGCGCCCGGCUCUCCGAUCCUCUGUCCCUGGCCCACCGCCGCCGCCUCCGCCCCAGCUCCUGUCCCUCGCCCAUUCCUACCCUGCCAGUCUGGCACCCAGAAGCCGUUGCGAGGAGGGCCGUGGCCCUACUCAACCCCGCGCUGCUCCCAGGUGGCCAGGAGGGGAUGGCCCCGGGGAAUAGGGGGCGGGAAGUCACUCUUACCACUGGGGUCAAGGGCCGGGCCCCGCCCCCAAGCCCUAACAUGGAGGAGCUGCUCCAGAGCGUGGAGAGAGACCUGAACAUAGAUGCCCGGCAGCUUGCUCCGGCCCCGGGGGGCACUCACGUGGUAGCCCUAGUCCCCGUGCGCUGGCUGGCCAGUCUCCGUGAGCGCCGACUGCCUUCGGGACCCUGCCCCAGGGCAGAGGGCUUGGGCGAAGCGGAAGUCAAGACUCUCCUUCAACGCUCCGUGCAGAGGCUGCCCCCAGGCUGGACGCGAAUAGAGGUGCAUGGACUGCGGAAACGCAGGCUGUCCUACCCGCUGGGCCGCGGCAUGCCCUUUGAGGAGGGGUCCUGCAGCUCUGAAACCCUCAAUAGCUUCAUGCAGGAUGUGGCUGCCCAGAAUUAUCGCAACCUGUGGCGCCAUGCAUAUCAUACUUAUGGGCAGCCCUAUAGUCAUAGCCCUGCCCCCUCAGCUGUCCUUGCCCUGGACUCAGUUAGACAAGCUCUGCAGAGGGUCUAUGGUUACUCCUUCUUGCCAGUGGGCGAAGCUACCCAAUGCCCAGCAUAUACCAGAGAUGACCCUUGUCCCCCUCAGGGCAGCCAGGCUUGUCCCAGUCUUUUGAGAGCUGAAGCCCUGCUGGAGUCCCCAGAGAUGCUGUAUGUGGUGCACCCUUACGUACAGUUUUCCUUGCAUGAUGUGGUCACUUUCAGUCCUGCCAAGCUGACCAACAGCCAAGCCAAGGUGCUCUUCAUUCUUUUCCGUGUGCUGAGGGCCAUGGAUGCCUGUCACCAGCAGGGACUGGCCUGUGGGGCCUUAUCUUUGCACCACAUUGCUGUGGAUGAGAAGCUUUGUAGUGAGCUCCGGCUGGACCUGAGUGCUUAUGAGAGGCCCGAGGAGGAUGACAAUGAGGAGACUCCUGUAGCAAGGGAUGGGGUAGGCACUGAGCCUGGAGAAAAGGAAGGAAGAGGACCUGGGUGUUCUACCUGCCAAGAAGAACUCAGGGGCCUUGUGCUAGACUGGGUCCAUGGUCGCAUCAGCAACUUCCACUACCUCAUGCAGCUGAAUCGGUUGGCAGGUCGGCGGCAGGGGGAUCCCAACUACCACCCAGUAUUGCCCUGGGUGGUGGAUUUUACCACACCCCACGGGCGCUUCCGAGACCUGCGCAAGUCCAAGUUCCGCCUCAACAAGGGAGAUAAGCAGCUGGACUUUACGUAUGAGAUGACACGGCAGGCGUUUGUGGCAGGUGGUGCAGGUGGCGGAGAGCCACCUCAUGUUCCUCACCAUAUCUCAGAUGUGCUCUCGGACAUCACAUACUAUGUGUACAAGGCUCGGCGCACACCCCGGUCAGUGCUGUGUGGACAUGUGCGGGCACAAUGGGAGCCCCAUGAGUACCCUGCCAGCAUGGAACGUAUGCAGAACUGGACACCUGAUGAGUGUAUCCCUGAAUUUUACACUGAUCCCUCCAUCUUCUGUUCCAUCCACCCUGAUAUGCCUGACCUGGAUGUGCCAGCCUGGUGUAACUCCAGCCAGGAGUUUGUGGCUGCCCACCGGGCACUGCUGGAGAGCCGUGAGGUAUCCCAGGACCUACACCACUGGAUCGAUCUCACCUUUGGCUACAAACUCCAGGGCAAGGAGGCUGUGAAGGAGAAGAAUGUGUGUCUGCAUUUGGUGGACGCCCACACGCACCUGACCAGCUAUGGUGUGGUACAGCUCUUUGACCAGCCACACCCCCAGCGCCUGGCUGGGGCUGCUACCCUUGCCCCUGAGCCUCCACUCAUCCCUAGGCUGUUGUUCCAGACCAUCCAAGAGAGCACAGGCCGGGAGGACUUCCCAGGGCAACUUACGAAUGGAGUGGGCAGGCUGGUUUUGGAGGCCACUCCCUGUGAGGCUGGCUGGGCCAGAGACAAGCCAGUGACAGGGGAAGAUGACUUGGAGCAGGCCACGGAAGCUCUGGAUUCCAUUUCCCUUGCUGGGAAAAUAGGUGACCAGCUGGGCCCCUCCUCCUCCUCCUCCUCCUCCAGUCAAGCCCCACCAGGCCUCCUAUCUUUCUCCGUGCCCUCAGCCUCUCGAAUGGGCCGCAGGAAUAAAGCUGCUGGAGCAGACCCUGGGGAAGCUGAGGAGGGGAAGAUUCUUCUUCCUGAGGGUUUCAAUCCCAUGCAGGCUCUGGAAGAGCUGGAGAAACUAGGCAACUUCCUGACCAAAGGCCUAGGGGGCCGCUUGGAGGUGCCUGAGCAGCCCCAGAUCCAGCCACCUGUGCAGCUGUGGGACCUCUUCCAUCGGGACAUGCAGGCACUGGGUGUCCUAUUGGCUGAGAUGGUGUUUGCCACCAAAGUCCGAACACUACAGCCUGAUGCACCUUUGUGGGUACGCUUUGAGGCUGUUCGGGGGCUCUGCACACGCCAUCCCAAGGAGGUCCCUGUGUCUCUGCAGCCUGUGCUGGACAUGCUUCUGCAGCUGAGUGGACCAGAAGGCCCCAUGGUAGUAGGGAGGGGCAAGCUGGGUCCACUGUUUCAGUACAGGCCUGUGUCCCAGGGAUUGCCCCCACCUUGCCCAGCCCAGCUCCUCAGCCCCUUCAGCUCUGUGGUUCCCUUCCCUUCAUACUUCCCCGCACUACAUAAGUUCAUCCUCCUGUACCAGGCAAAGCGUGUGGAGGAUGAGGCUCAGGGGCGGGAGCUGGUCUUUACUUUGUGGCAGCAACUGGGUGCAGUGCUGAGUGACAUCACCCCAGAGGGGCUGGAGAUCCUGCUGCCCUUUGUGCUGUCACUCAUGUCUGAGGAGCACACGGCUGUGUAUACAGCCUGGUACCUAUUUGAACCUGUUGCCAAGGCACUGGGCCCCAAAAAUGCUAACAAGUACCUACUGAAGCCUCUCAUUGGUGCCUACGAGAGCCCCUGCUGGCUUCAUGGCCGCUUCUACCUAUACACUGACUGCUUUGUGGCUCAGCUGAUGGUGCGGCUGGGCCUGCAGGCCUUUCUCGUCCACCUGCUGCCCCAUGUCCUGCAGGUGCUGGCUGGUGUGGAGGCCUCCCAGGAGGAAAGUAAGGGCCUGACAGGAGCUGCCGAGGAUGAGGAAAGCGGGCUUCCAGGGGCCAGGCCCAGCUCCUGUGCCUUUGGGGAGGAGAUUCAGAUGGAUGGGGAGCCUGCUGCCUCCUCAGGCCUUGGGCUCCCAGACUAUACAUCUGGCGUCAGCUUCCACGACCAGGCCGACCUCCCUGAAACAGAAGACUUUCAAGCUGGGCUCUAUGUGGCUGAGUCCCCACAGCCCCAGGAGGCUGAGGCUCUGAGCCUGGGCCGACUGAGUGACAAGAGCAGCACCAGCGAGACCUCUCUGGGCGAGGGCGAGGAGCGGGCUGCAGAUGAGGGGGGCACUCCUGUGGACAAGAGCAGCCUUAGGUCAGGUGACAGCAGCCAAGACCUGAAGCAAAGUGAAGACUCAGAGGAGGAAGAGGAGGCAGAGGAAGGCAGUGUAGUAUUGGAGGAGGAGGAUGGGGAGGGGGAGCAAGACGAAGUCACUGGGACAUCUGAGCUCACUCUCUCUGACACGGUGCUGUCCAUGGAUACGGUUGUGGCCGGUAGCAGCGGGCCAGAUGGGGAGGUAGAAGAGGAGCCACUGACCGAGCAGUUGGAAGGCAAAGAACAGAAGAUCCUUCUUGAUACGGCCUGCAAGAUGGUCCGCUGGCUGUCCGCCAAACUCGGCCCCACAGUGGCUUCUCGCCACGUGGCCCGGAACCUGCUCCGCCUGCUGACAUCAUGUUAUGUUGGUUCUACUCGGCAGCAGUUCACUGUGAGCAGUGGCGAGAGCCCCCCGCUGAGUGCUGGCAACAUCUACCAGAAGAGACCGAUCUUGGGCGAUAUAGUGUCAGGGCCUGUGCUCAGUUGCCUCCUCCACAUUGCCCAUCUGUAUGGGGAGCCUGUCCUCACCUACCAGUACCUGCCCUACAUCAGCUACCUGGUGGCCCCAGGUAGCACCUCAAGCCCCAGUCGGUUGAACAGCCGUAAGGAGGCAGGGCUGCUGGCAGCAGUGACUCUGACCCAGAAGAUCAUCGUGUACCUCUCAGACACCACUCUCAUGGACAUCCUGCCCCGUAUCAGCCACGAGGUCUUGCUGCCUGUUCUCAGCUUCCUCACUUCCCUCAUCACAGGGUUCCCAAGUGGAGCCCAGGCCCGGACUGUCCUGUGUAUGAAAACCAUCAGCCUCAUCGCCCUCAUCUGCCUGCGCAUUGGACAGGAGAUGGUCCAGCAGCACCUGAGUGAACCAGUGGCUACCUUCUUUCAAGUCUUCUCUCAGCUGCACGAGCUUCAGCAACAGGAUCUGAAGCUGGAUCCUGUGGGCCGCAGUGAGGGCCAGCUGCCAGAGGUGGUCUUCUCUGAUGGGCAGCAGCGGCUGGUGGACCCCACCCUGCUGGAUGAGCUACAGAAAGUGUUCACCUUGGAGAUGGCAUACAUGAUCUACGUGCCCUUCUCCUGCCUGUUGGGUGACAUCAUCCAGAAAAUCAUCCCUAACCACGAGCUGGUAGGGGAGCUGGCAGGGCUGUAUUUGGAGAGCAUCAGCCCGAGCAGUCGCAGCCCUGCUAGCAUGGAGCCCACUGUGCCAAGCACCAGCCCUGAGUCAGACCCCCAGGGUGGGGGCUGUCCCCAGGAUGACAGCCACUCGGGGACCUUUGGGAGUGUCCUGGUUGGGAACCGCAUCCAGAUCCCUGACAACUCUCAGCCUGAGAACUCUGGCCCCCUGGGCCCCAUCUCUGGGGUGGGCAGUGGGGGCCUUGGCAGUGAGAGCGAGGACAAUGCGUUGAAGCGGGAGCUGCCACGGAGUGCCCAUGGGCUGAGUGGGAACUGGCUGGCAUACUGGCAGUACGAGAUUGGUGUGAGCCAGCAGGACGCCCACUUUCACUUCCACCAGAUCCGCCUGCAGAGCUUCCCAGGCCACUCAGGGGCCGUCAAGUGUGUGGCACCCCUGAGCAGUGAGGACUUCUUCCUGAGUGGCAGCAAGGACCGCACUGUGCGCCUCUGGCCACUCUACAACUCUGGGGAUGGCACCAGUGAGAUGGCCCCACGCCUCAUCUAUGCCCAGCACCGCAAGAGUGUCUUCUUUGUGGGCCAGCUUGAGGCCCCGCAGUGUGUGGUGAGCUGUGACGGGGCUGUGCACGUCUGGGACCCCUUCACAGGGAAGACCCUUCGCACGGUAGAGCCGUGGGACAGCCGGGUGCCACUGACUGCUGUGGCUGUAAUGCCUGCCCCUCACACCAGCAUCACCAUGGCCAGCUCUGACUCAACCCUGCGCUUUGUCGACUGCAGGAAGCCUGGACUGCAGCAUGAGUUCCGCCUGGGUGGCGGGCUGAACCCUGGGCUUGUCCGCUCCCUGGCUGUUAGCCCCAGUGGCCGCAGCGUCGUGGCCGGCUUCUCCUCGGGCUUCAUGGUGCUCCUGGACACCCGUACGGGCCUGGUUCUGCGUGGCUGGCCUGCCCAUGAGGGGGACAUCCUGCAGAUCAAGGCGGUGGAGGGCAGUGUCCUGGUCAGCUCUUCCUCCGACCACUCUUUGACCGUCUGGAAGGAGCUGGAGCAGAAGCCCACGCACCACUACAAGUCAGCAUCAGACCCUAUCCACACCUUCGACCUGUAUGGCAGUGAGGUGGUCACUGGCACCGUGGCAAAUAAGAUUGGUGUCUGCUCCCUGCUUGAGCCACCCUCCCAGGCCACCACCAAGCUCAGCUCUGAGAACUUCCGUGGGACACUCACCAGCCUGGCCUUGCUGCCUACCAAACGCCACCUCCUGCUGGGAUCAGACAAUGGGGUCAUCCGCCUCCUGGCAUAGGCUGAGGUGGGAGCUGGCUAGACCCAAGUGGGCAGACAUCCUCCAAGAAUCCACCCCUCACCCUCGUUUCCCCACAAGCUCCCUCCAUGCAAGCCUUGGGCCCCAUACCCUCUGUACCCACAUGGCCUGCCAGCUAGGGCAGGGUGGGGAUCUGGGCUUCUGAACCCCCAGAGCCACCAACGCUGCCAGUGAAGAUCUCAUUCACAGCUUGAGGAGACACUGCUCCUAGCUAGCAGGAAGCAAGAGGAGGAGCUGGGAAAGCAUCACUGUCCUCUCUUCUCCCAGGUCUACCCUCUGGAUCCACAUGGGGACAAGCAAGCUCGAGAAGGGAAAGGGAGACUGGCCCUGCCCACCCAGUUUCCAGCCAAGGCCCCCGCCCCUUCUUGCUGGGCUCUCUCUGGCUCUGUCUCCCAAGGACAGGGGAGCUGCCCUAGUUCAGGACCCCAUGGUGCUUGGGCUCUAUCCUCUAAGGAGGGCUGGCCAUGGUCUUUAAGGGCCUUGGGCUGGGGUUUAAGUGUCUACUCAACCAGGACCUGCCCAGUAGGGGAUGAGUAGGACAAGAAAGAGGUUAGGAUCGGGGAGGGAAGAUGGACUUGGCUAGCUGGUGCCUGCCAGGAGUGACCCCAUGCCUUGCCUGCCAUCCUUAACCACAGUGUUUGUGCCUUGAGCUGAGGAGGCAGCCCCUGGGCCUGGAACUCUUGCAGGGUUUGAGGGGGCGGUCCAAGUCUCUGAGAGAAGGGGCAAGAAGGAUUCUAUCUCUGCAUCUCAGAUCUCUCCCAGGGGACAGGUAGACCCUUGUGUUUCCGAGUCCUCACAUUCUGGAGCAGAAAUGAGGUCUGGGACUGGGCCCCUGUUGCCUCUUUACUAUUUGCAAUAGAUGUAAAUAUGACCAAUAAAUCCUUUGGAAGAGCCAUG